GUUGUAGCAGACUGUUGGGACACAGGUGUGGUGUUACGUGUCCCACUCCGAUGGUGUACGUUACUCACGGUGCUGUAGGUCUGUCCGUUCCUCUUGAUGAGGAAGCUGGAGCAGUUCCUGAUGACCAUCCACUGCAAAUGGGACGACAUGAUGAACCUGGACAAAACAGGACCACAUGUUAGUGAAAUUGCGCCUGGCAGGUCACAGACGGAGUUUGUGACCAUUUUCAUGGAAGCUAGCGUUACGCGUGUUAGCCUUGUUUCACGUUUUAUAUUUUAGUUAACCGCUGGUGAGUGGGGGGUAUUAAAGGCCAGUGUUAUAAUCAAUAUAGACAUUUUUAAUAUAUCUGCAUUUAAAUCUAAAGAACGCGGAGCUGUUAUUAUAUUACAGUACAACUUUCCAACGUUAGCUCCGAGGCUCAGCACGACGAGGCCUAACCGGUGCGACGUGUUCACGUUUUCUUCCCAUUUAUACACUGUACAGGGGCAUUUACUGCCACAUUUGAUGUAUAACAGUCAAACAACAAUAAUAUAUUAGUUUAUGAGCCUAAACAGAAGUGGGGAGAUAAAAACAAACCGACUUUAAUGACUAGCUGUUAGCAGCCGAUGCGACCACGUUACCUUUUAGCGGAGGAAAAGGACCGGAGAGACCGGAAACCGCUUUACGGAACCUCUGUUUGAGAUCCUUGCGCACCUAGCGCCACCUUUUUAUAAAACAUGUGUACCAGAACCCACGUUUUCACACAUGUUGAAAGCAGUGCCUCAAUGUGAUGGAUGAGGAAGAAGAUCUGGAGACGCUUGGUGAGCAGCUGUACGCUCGGAUUUACCCCAAACACAAAGAGACUGCUGGGAAACUCACAGGUAUGUUGCUGGAGCUGCCAGUUCCUGUCCUGAGUCAGAUGCUGCAGGACGAGGCCAUGUUGACCGCAGCUGUGGAGAAAGCCCUCCGAGCCCUGCAGCUGGCACAGGAGCCCAGCAGGGUAACACGUAAGGAUGAGGAUGAUAUGUCCGUGUCCUCUGACUCUCUUGGGGAGCAGCUGUUUGAGCUGGUGGAUGUCUACAACACCGGCCACUCACAGAAAAUCACAGGAAUGCUCCUGGAGCAGCACAAAGAGGCGGUUUUAAACCUUCUUUCAGAUCCAAAACUGAUGGAGGAGCAGGUGAACCUCGCUCUGAAGACACUAAAAGAGCAGAACGAAGAGACAGAUGUCAGUGACUUGUCGGAUGCUGACGACACAGAGAAACUGGGAGAGAAGCUCUUCUCACUGGUGGAGGAGAUGGAUCCUCUUCAUGCGAAUGACAUUACAGGUAUGCUACUGGAGAUGGACCCAGCUGCUCUCCAGCAGCUGCUCAGUGACCACACGAUGCUGGAGGCUGCUGUUCAGAAGGCACAAGCAGCGCUGGACACUUAGAACUGAACUCUAUGGAAGAGGAGAACCAUCUUUCACACAUAGAACAACACAUUAAAUAAUGAAUGACCUGGAUGAACUCAGAUAAUAUAAUGCUGGGAAGAGCUGACACAUCACUCCAGGAGAUCAUGGUAAUUCAAGUUACCUAUUACCUAACCAGCUAUCUUUGUUUUACAAAGAUCAUUGAAGAGUCUAUUAAGCCUCUUUCCAGCUGAAAUGAAGUUUAUAAUUCCACUUUCUGAUACGGGUGCUCACUUUGCUAAUUCACGAUUGUCUUUCUCAGAAAAAAGGACUGAACACAAGUGCCAGUGUCUGAUGAAAAAUAUUUAAUAGUAUUGCUCCACUUGGAAGCUGAACUUCCACUACAAGACAUUAGAAUCAUUGUUGCUUGAUGAAAAUAUGUUGGCUGUAUGAGAGGAUUUACUUGUAAGGCUAUGUAUGUAUUUGGAUUUUGUAAUGAAACUGUAUUCAUAAUGAUAAGGUAACUGUAAACUGGUGACAUGUCAUUGCUAACAGCAGAUAAAUGCAGCAGAUUAUAUAUAAAACAAAGACCCAUAUAUUUAGCCAUGCUAAAAACAUGGCUCUAUGAAUUAAUAUUUGUCUGUCAGCCCACCACUUUGGUCCAGACUGAACUGUCUGCACAACUGUUGAAUGGACAUUCAUGUUCCCCAGGGGAUAAAUGCCUCUGACUUUGGUGAUCCCCUGAGUUUUUCUGUAGCAAAGUUUUCACUUAUCCUGUGAAAAAUCUCAACAUCUACUUGAUGGACCAGCACAAAAUGUUGUCUAGACAUUCAUGGUUCCCAGGCGAUGUAUCCUAGUAACUUUGGUGAUCCCUUAACUUUUUAAUCUAGUGUCCUCAUCUAGUUAAAAUUUCUUUUUUGAUUGUCCAUUAAUUUGAUUUAUGACCAAACACAUGCAAAACUGAUGACAUUCCCAUCUUCCACAGCUGUUCUUUAUGUUCAUUGUUAAUUAGCAAAUGUUAGCAUGCUAACACAGCAAAAUGGUAGCAAUAAUAUUUAGAGGGCGAACAAAUAAAUAGA